GAUACAUCCGGUUCCCCCGCCCUCGACACGGAAGCAGAGGAAUAGCACGACUGACUUGAAAAACAGUCAUCAUGCAGCAAAAGUGAUUUGGGGUAUUGAAAGUUGGUGGGCGUCAAGAUCUUGCACUGUGUAAUAAUAGCUUGCUGCUUGUGACAGACUUUAUCAGUUCAUUGGUGUUGUUGACUUGGUGCACACUUGCAGCAAUAGUGCCUGGGCCGGCUACCCACGUAUCUAUAACACCCACAUCAAUGGCUUCCCAGGUCUCGGUAAAAGAGGAGGCCUUGCUUAAGGAGAUAAACAAGCUGAGUGAGACGGUAGAAAAGGCAGCUGCAGGAAGUGGAAGCACAGGACGGGAGGUUGCCUCUGUAUAUGCCAGUCAGUUAAAAGCAUUGACCUCACAGGUGCGGAAGGAAGCCGGCAGCAUGUCCGAGAGCGCCCUCAACAUUGCCGUGUCUCGGCUGGAGGCAGUAGCAGCACGCCUGGAGUCGCUGACCUUGCAGGGGGGCAGAGGGGGCGGCACUGCGGAAUCAGAUGAAGUGGCUCAGUCUAUCAUUGCAUAUGAUGAAUUUCUGAAAGGGGCUGUGGCUAAAUUUAUUCAGAAUAGUUCUGCCAUUGGUGGUGAUGUUCAGACACAGGCUAAACAAGUAGAAAGGGCAUUCCAAGCUCAGCGCCAGUUCCUUGUGGCAGCUUCUAAGAGCAAGCAGCCUCCUCAGAAUGUUCUCAUGCAGCUUAUUGAUCCUGUUGCUAAGCAGCUUACUGCCAUACAGGAGUUCCGAGAACAUAACAGACGGAGCGAGUUUUUCAAUCAUCUGUCGGCUGUCAGCGAAUCCAUAGCUGCUUUGGGCUGGAUCACAGUUAGUCCUGCCCCUGGUCCUUAUGUGAAAGAGAUGACCGAUGCUGGAACUUUCUAUACCAACAGGGUCCUGAAAGACUACAAAGAUAAAGAUCCCAAACACGUGGAGUGGGCCCGAUCUUGGAUUAGCGCCUUGACAGAGCUUCAGGCCUACAUCAAGCAGUUCCACACCACUGGUGUCACCUGGAAUCCAAAGGGAGGUAAUGCCACCGCCGCUCCUCCUGCCCCAGCUGCAGGAGGUGUCCCUCCUCCUCCUCCUCCCGGUGGCCCACCACCCCCACCACCUCCACCACCUGCUGACUUGGGACAGAAAGGAUCUAGUGGAGAUGACAGCCGUGCGGCGCUCUUUGCUGACCUCAACAAGGGAAGCUCCGUAACUGAAGGCCUCCGCAAAGUGACUGACGACAUGAAGACACACAAGAAUCCUGCCCUGCGCCAGGGUCCGGCUCCCUUCAAGGCAGCACACAAGCCAUCCGUGGCAGCUAAACCAGCUGUGGCUGCCAAAACCAAGGCUCCUGAACGACCUCCUCUGAUUGAGCUUCAGAAUAAGAAAUGGGUUGUGGAAUUCCAUGAAGGCAACAAGAAUAUUAUUUUGGAUCAAACAGAACUGAAGCAGGUAGUUUAUAUCUACAAAUGCAUCAAUUGUGUUGUUCAGGUCAAAGGCAAAGUCAACUCAAUCACACUAGACUCAUGCAAGAAGACAGCGCUUGUGUUUGAAGAUGUAGUGUCAUCAGUUGAAUUUGUCAACUGCCAGAGCAUGCAGGCACAGGUGUUGGGAAAGGUGCCGACUAUCAGCAUUGACAAGACAGAUGGUUGUAUGGUUUACCUGAGCAAUCAGUCUCUUGAUGCCGAAAUCGUCACAGCAAAAUCUUCUGAGAUGAAUGUUCUGAUUCCAGCUGGCGAUGGUGAUUUUAAGGAAUUUGCACUGCCAGAGCAGUUCAAGACAAAAUGGAAUGGAAAAGAGAUGGUGACCGUGCAAACCGACAUAUAGAAUACAUACCCAGUGAAGGCCUUCACCUGUUGGCUUUGCCACCACAUAAUCAUUGAAAACAAAAUCUGAUUGUAAUGUAGAUUUUGCACAACUGUAAGUCUGUCUCUUUCGUUCUUCAGGAUCUUCACUUCUGUGUUCUUGUAUUUUUUGCUGAGACUUAACUAAAGUUAAUGAUUUAUGCCAGAAAUUUGAAAAACAUAAUUGUUCAGUUUACAAUCAACUUUCUAUAUUUAAUAUUGUAUGACUGAGUAGUUAUCAUGUUUUGAGUGAUUUCUAUUUAAGAAAUUAGCACAGAGAAUAUGACAGCACUGUAUUUAGACUGUAUAUUCUGUGCUCUGCUCUGGACACCUGUGCAACCUUACAGUCUGCAGCAAAGCAGAAAAGACUUGCUGUAUGUUUGAAAUCUUCCACAUGAAUCAACAUGGGUGGCUUUAAAGACUUCUAGGUGUUGACAAAAUUAUCAGCACUUUGUUGUCUUCCUAGGAGAGGAGAGUAGUGAAGCUUUUACAGGAUUUACAAUAUUUAAAUGUUGCCAUUUUAUCACGACCCAAAGAUAUGCACUGUUUUAGCGAUGACUUAAAUCACAGACUGGUGCAGACAAGUGCCUAGACUUUUUAUCGAGUUGUUGAGGUUCAUUUAUUGUUUGUUUGGUUUUUUUUUUUUUUUUUUUUUGAUACUAACUUGUUUAAAAAUCUUAUGAUUUAUUGUGGGGUUUUUUUCAUAGUUUUGAAUGCUAAAGCAUGCUUUAGUUGAGCAAUAUUUCUUAUUUUAUCGAAUGCUAGAGGGCAAAUAAUUAGCUUGUAACAGAAGAUGGGUCUGCUGAAGAUCAAAACAAUUUUAGCUCCUUUUAUUGCUUUGAAUGUGUAACGUAUAUUCUUUGGAAAUAAAAUGCUGCAAAUCUUCUUGCAUGUUCUUGUGUUAUGUAGGCGCAAUUGAGACCACCAGUUGGCUACCUAUAACAACUAUGCAUUUUCUCCCAGUGAUGUUAUGUUUCACUGUGCUUUGGUUAUCUUUUGGUGAUUCAAAGAACACCUGCCACAUUUAUUAAAAAAUUUUGUGUGAUUGUGGGUUUGCUUGCUUCUGCAUUUAUUCUUUAUAAAGAAUGACCCUGGUAUGAGCAGAGAAUGUGCCUUGUUUUUAUCAUACAUGGCAUUCACUCUACGAUCUCAACACUUAUAUCAAGUUGUCACUUAGUAAAUUGUUACGUUUUAUGGGCUUCAAAUGUUAGCUGCAUCACAUUUCAGUUCAGAAGGCUUCUGUGUUAACAUGCCUGUUGCCAACAUGUAGCAUAUUUGAGCUGCUUGGAUGUUUGUUUUUAGAUAUUGAUUGAAGUAGUUUUGAGCUUUUUUAUGAAGAAAUGUGCAUCGUUGGCAGUUUCUGAGCCAAAAAUCAAGAGUUUACAGUAAUCUAACUUUACUAAAGACCACAGGACCACCUUUUUUUCUGCUACUAAAAUGAUGAUUGCAAAGCAACAGGUACAUGAAAAGAAUAAAGAAUCUCCUUACUUUGAUGUUUUUGGUGGUAAGGCCAGAAGAGAUUAAAUUUAACACUUUUAUAUGAGGCUCGAUGCUGAGGUGCACUUUUCUCCAUUAGUGACAUUUUGUAGCAUGACUUCAUAACAAUUUGUUUUAUUUAAGUGAUGCACAUGCUUUUAACUACAGAAGAAAUGGAGAGAAAAUAAGAAAGGUGCACAAUUGUUCGUUCUGCCUUAGAAAGGAUAUUUUUCACAAGUUUAUGGGUAUUGGCAGUUCUGCCUUAAAGAGGACAUGCACUGCAAACAUGGUUUUGCCUGAUAUAACAGCUUGUUGUCCCAGAUGGAGAGUGGUCUAAGAAAGAGUUUGAACAGAGCUAGAGAAGAUGGAUCUUCAAGCAAGAUUUGACUUCUAUGCAUUGCUUAUUUUCUUAUAAAGUUUAUGAUGUAUCAUAGUGUUUAUUUCUUUGGUCUUUGACUUCUGCACUUGGGAAAGUUCCUGUUUCAUUGGCUGAAAGAUGUAAAGGUUUAAAACAACUCACUCUUCUUUUAAUUGUACAUCAAUUGACAUGAACAUUGUUUCUCAAAGGUAAAAACUUAUUUUUUACAGUCUGUUACCUGUGCUAACAUUGAAAUGUGUCGGCCAAAGAGCCUUAAUACAUUGUGUUGCUACUUGGAUAAUUCUGAGCUAUUUAUUCAAGACUGCACUUUUCUUUUCUGUGGGAUAAAACAUGAACUGCAAAAAAAGCAGAUGACAGUGAUUGUUAGGAAAUUGUUUGAAAAAAUUGUUUAAGGCAUGGUUUCGUCUAGGAAUAGUCCACCACUUCACAUAUCAAGAAUGCAUAGCAAGGACUGGCAUCAGACAUAACUGCAGUUAUCAAUGUGUUCAAAAGCAAGUAUUCACCUAGGGGCAGUAAAAAAUAUCAGAGGAACAUGAAGGAGAUGGCCAUUAGUAUUUUAAACUGAGGACUGUAUGAGUGGGUUGAUUAUUGUCCAACAACACGGGCUGGGUGCAGUGGUACUUUCCAUCUGCUAACUGCAAGCAGUCAGGCCUAACUGCUAAUAGCCUGUAAGUGUUUUAGCUGACUGCCAGCUGGUGUGACUGUGCACUUGGCCAUGGGUCUCUUGGAAGAUGAAUAAAUAGCUGGAAUAUAUCAGAUGAAUGUAAAUCUGCUGAAGAAGUAAAAUAACUGGCUAUGACAUUAUCAUUUGCCUAAUGGCACAAAAGUUUUCAGUGUUUGAAAAGAAUCUUUUGGUUGAUAUGGCUAAAAGCUAAUAUCAUUGUAGACAGAAGAGAUGUUUUGAAAAUCUGUGAAAUUAUUUAAAUAAACUCUUUCUUCAGUU